AUUGACACUGUUCAUGAGGUGUGCAUCCACUGAUUAGCAGCCAUUAAGAAUUUCUCCAAGGCGGAGAUUCCCAGCCUGUGUGUUUCCUCCGCUCCAAAAUGUGCAAGCGCAGAUGACGCGUCGACCCACACCCAAGGAUUAUAUUAACGCCGAGUUACAAGUCCUUGGCGCUUUCUCUCUUCGAUAUCCACAAGUAGAAACGAUCAUGUCUUUGCCUAUUAAUAUUCCUCAGCGUGAAAUUGGAAAGACCGGUGUCAAAACAUCCGUCGUUGGCCUCGGAUGCAUGAAUUUGGCCCCAGGAGUAUACGGAAAAGUUGAUGAUGCCGAGAGCAUUCAGUUGCUCAACACAGCCUUGGAGAUUGGAUGUAACUUUUGGGACACAGCAGAUAUCUAUGGAGCAGACGGCUAUAGCGAGAGGCUCAUCUCCAAAGUCAUCAAAGAUCGAAGAGCGGAGGUGUUUUUGGCUACGAAGUUUGCAUUUGACGUCAGCUCAGGCAAAAUCAACGGAUCUCCUGAAUACAUCGCGAAAGCUUGUGCUGGAUCUCUAGAGAGACUGGGAACCGACUACAUCGACUUAUACUACAUGCAUCGUAUGGAUCCAUCCACACCAAUUGAAGAAAGCGUAAGUGCCAUGGCUAAGUUGGUUGAGGAGGGAAAGGUCAAGUAUCUUGGUCUAUCUGAAUGCUCUGCGGAAACUCUCCGUCGUGCACACAAAGUGCAUCCCAUUACUGCAGUGCAGAUCGAAUACAGCCCAUGGACACUGGACAUUGAAAAGAAUGAGGUGUUGAAAACAUGUCGCGAACUUGGUAUUUCCAUUGUUGCCUAUUCACCUUUGGGUCGUGGCUUCCUUACUGGCAAUUACAGAUCAAUUGAUGAUUUGGAAGAGAAGGACUGGCGUCGAAGCAACCCUCGGUUUAAGGGAGAGAACUUUGCCAAAAAUCUUAAACUUGCUGAUAGCAUUAAGGAAGUUGCCGAAAAGAAGGGUGUGUCAGCUGCACAGGUUACACUUGCCUGGCUACUUGCUCAAGGCGACGAUAUUUUUGUUAUUCCUGGAACUCGUAGAGAGAAAUAUCUGGUUGAUAAUGCUGCAUCUGGUAGCCUUCAGCUCUCGAAAGAAGACUUGAAUCAAAUCCGAACUCUUUCAGAAGCAUUCCAGCCUUCAGGUGAUCGCUAUGAUCAAUAUGGAAUGGAUAUGUUGAAUCGUUAGAUUCUAGUGACUAUCAAGAUUUUUCUUAUUUUUUUCUUUCAAAAAAAAAAAGAUCUCUUUAGGAUGGGAGCAGUAACUUGAUAAUAAAAGAUCCCACGUAUAUCCCACC